ACCCCUGUUCAGAAGUGUUGUUUGUAACAUGUGACGAAGAGUAGUUAUGUAAACACCAAGAAACGGCAAACAGCGUGUGUUACUCAUUAUUUACGUUCCUUUUCUGACAAGUAAGUUAUUUCAUACAUUUUGGUUCUGUUUGUCUAUACACUCUGCAUAGCCUGGAUUGACCAAAAUGGAUGACAGCAAGAUGGUGGGCGGAAAGGUGAAGAAGCCCGGAAAACGGGGCCGCAAACCGGCCAAGAUUGACCUGAAGGCCAAGCUGGAGCGAAGUCGGCAGAGCGCACGGGAGUGCCGCGCCCGCAAGAAGCUGCGCUACCAGUACCUGGAGGAGCUCGUGUCCAGCAAGGAGAGGGCCAUCUGCGCCCUGCGCGAGGAGCUUGAGAUGUACAAGCAGUGGUGCUCUGCCAUGGACCAGGGCAAGAUUCCCUCUGAAAUCAAGGCUCUGCUCACAGGGGAUGAUCAGAAAACAUCUCACUGUGCAAACAAAUCGCCAAAAAAUGGGAAGAACCACACUGCCAGCAGUGAGCAGAGUAAGUCUGCCUGAGCGAGUUGGCUGCAGCGCAUACUGAAAGAGCCACGGCAUCAGACGAUGGAGACAAAGUGAGAGUGAAGAUAUGAUUCAGUAUGAUUCAAGUGUGACUAACAGCAUCUUUAGAUAUGUUCAAACAAUGUUAUGGAGCACCUUAAAGGAAAUGUCUUUUCACUGAAUAAUUAUGAUUAAGUCCACAUUAUUUAUUCUUAUCCACCUAUCUGAGUUUGUGUGGUAGCUUAUAAGGCUGUCUUUGUGGGUCUGAAUAUAUAGAUGAUAUUUGUGUAUUAAACGGUGGCAUUUUUAAGUAGCAUGAUUAUAGCAGAUGAAAAUUUCUUAAGUUUAUAAAAUUUAAUUUAUUCCAUAUAAUGGGCAGUAGAAAUGUGCAGUGGAAAUGUUUGUUGUUUAGAAAAUUGUGAGGAUGGUGUUUGUGUUUUAUAAAUGAACGUUUUCCAAUUCAUAGUUAAUUUUUGAAAAAUGCCAGUGUUUGUGUCAAACUACUUUAAAAUGAGGCGAGACCCGAAGACUGAAAUGAAGAACCUUAUAUUUUUGUUGAUUUUUAAUCGUAAAGCAAGUUAUUGCACUUUCCGACUUUAUAUUCACGGGGGAGAAAAAUAUGUACAGUUCCAGCCGACAGUGUGAGUCCACAGGCUAGAAAUGAGUUUUUUCACAAGGCGUUCAGUUGAGGUGAUGAGGAAAUGAGGCGCCGUGUCUUCUGCAGCUGUUCUGCAGGUAUAGAACACGUGUGUCGCUUUUACUGUCCUGU